AUGGCAAUCGAAGUCGUCGACUUGACCGAGGCAGAUAUCCCAGGCGCUAUCCAAGUGAUUCAGCAAGCCUUUGCCGACGACCCGUAUUUUAAAUGGGUAUUUGAUGAGCAAUCGUUUAACGCACAAAGAAACUACGACUCACUCGCCGCCCGAUGCCGCUGGGGCAUAACCAACGCCAUCUUCCAAGUCGCCAAAAACACCGACGCCACUAACAGCAGCAAUUCCUCACCCAUCCUCGGCGUCUCCUGCUGGCUAGCACCACACCCACCCUCCCAACCCGAAACCUGGUACUCAUGGUCACAAUCGUGGCUCCUCUCAUUCCGCCAGCUAACCACCAACAUCUGGUACCGCGGCCACGGCGGACUCCGCACGAAUCGGUACUGGAUCUGGAAAGCCCGACAACAAGAGGCGCAGGCGUCGAUUUGGGAUGAUCCUCGGGGAUAUUACUUUUGUAAUAUCGUUGCUGUGAGUCCGGAGGCGCAGGGGAAGGGGGUUGGGAGGAUGCUUUUUGAGGCUGUGACGAAGAAGGCGGAUAUGGAAGGGGUGAAGUGUUAUUUGGAGAGUUCGAAGAAUGUGCCUAAUGUGAUGAUUUAUGAGAGGAUGGGCUUUGAGAUGAAGAUGGAGAUGGAGUGUAGAGAUGGGGAAGAUGCUUGUAUGCUUUAUUGCAUGGUGCGCGAGCCCAAGACUGAAUGA